AUGCAGAGACAAAAAAGGUAUUCCACCAAAGGAGGGCUUGUGCGCGAGAACUCGGAUGACGAACUGGGUUACGAUGAUCAUCCCUGGCAAUGGAUCUACGAAUCCGAAGCCGGACCUCAAACGAAGGAGGACGAAGAGCCGCCCACGAAAAAGCGAAAGGCCAACGCCAUCAGUCAGACCUCCAAAAAGCGGACUAUAAUCGGUGCACGUAUGGGCUCUUUCGUCGUGCGAAUAGGAGAUCCUAUCUUGUUAAAAUCUCCCGAACAAGGGAAAGAUUGGGUGGGACUGAUAUGCUCCUUUUCAGAGACCAACGAGGACGGAGAUGAUGAGAUGUGCGCAUACAUUCAGUGGUUCUGCACCCCGGAGGAGCUGGCGUUUGGAAAGCGAUCUAAAAUCCGACCUGAUGUUUUGCCCAACGAGUCAUACAUCACAGCCGAUUUCAACAUGAACCCUUUGACAGCAAUCAAUGGUAGAGCCACAGUGUUGUCAAAAGACGCCUUCUUUCGGAGGUAUCCUGGUGGUUUGCCACCAAAGUCCAAGUCUGGUGCGAAUCGAUACUCAAAGACGAUUCUGUGCCGGCGUGGGGUCAAGCAGAGAACUCUCCAGUUCACGGAGGAUUUCGUCUGGGAGGAAAUUUACAAGGGACCAGAGGAUCUGUUAGACUUGAUUGACUUCGUCAAGGAACAGACCAAGGGCAAGAGAAAGCAUCUGCCCAGCAAGGAAGAGGAUAAGGAGUACGAGCAGAAGAAAGAGGCAGACAAUGAAGAGCCCAGGACGCCACACAAACGGCGGAAAACGACUUCGACCACCGCAACACCCAAAUCCACCAUGAAAGCAUCCAAGUACACUACACCGACUCACAAACGAAUCAUGAUCAAGAAGCCCAUCGAGAUAACACCUCUGGGAACCCGAGUCCUCUCUCCUUCUCAAUACCUGUCCACGCCAUACUCACACGCCCGCACGACUCUUCACGUUUCUGCUGUGCCGACGGCCUUGCCUUGCCGGUCCGAUGAGUUCAGCACUGUCUAUUCGCACCUUUACUCCGCCAUUGUGGACGGCUCUGGAACUUGUAUCUACAUCUCAGGCACACCGGGAACAGGUAAGACUGCCACUGUGCGAGAAGUAGUGGCUUCAUUACACCAAGCCGUGCUGAACGAAGAAUUGGACGAUUUCAACUUUGUCGAGAUCAACGGCAUGAAGGUCACGGAACCACACCAAUCCUACUCUUUACUCUGGGAAGCGUUGAAGGGCGACCGGGUCAGCCCCCAUCACGCUUUGAGUUUACUAGAGCAGGAAUUCUCGCAUCCUUCUCCUCGCCGUAUUCCUUGCGUCGUGCUCAUGGACGAGCUGGACCAGCUGGUCACCAAGAAUCAGAGCGUCAUGUACAACUUCUUCAACUGGCCAGCGAUGCGGCAUUCCCGACUUAUUGUCCUGGCAGUCGCCAACACCAUGGAUCUGCCGGAGCGAACGCUGUCAAACAAAAUAAGCUCCCGUCUGGGUUUGACGCGUUUCACAUUUUCCGGAUACACGCAUACACAACUUAUGGAAAUCAUCUCAUCUCGUUUGCAGAAUGUCCCAGGCAAUAUAGUAGACCAGGACGCCGUACAAUUUGCGAGCCGCAAGGUCGCUGCUGUUUCAGGAGACGCACGUCGGGCACUGGACAUCUGCCGCCGGGCCGUCGAGAUUGCCGAACAGUCCCAACAAAAGCAUGAAGCUGGUCCUACAGGAAAUGAAGACGAUGGAGACGACGGUGCUGUUGCUGCAGGAACACCGAGCCGCAAAGGCAGGGGACCAGCCAACGACGCUGAGCAACCAAAGACGGAGCGAAAUAAUUCUUCUCAACAGCUCGCCAGGGUCACAAUAGCCACGAUCAAACAAGCAAUCAACGAGGCGACUUCAUCACCUAUUGCACAGCAUCUUCGCUCCCUGCCGCUUGCUUCCAAGCUUUUCGUCGCCGCCAUACUUGCCCGUACACGACGCACGGGAGUGGCAGAAUCCACAUUCGGCGAUGUCAUUGUCGAAGCGAAGCGGAUUGCGGAUGUGGCAGAAAAUAGUGCCAUCCACGACUUCCUCCUUGUCGAUGGACACAACAGCGAGAAGACAAACCCAAGCUCGACAAUGCCGCGUAUUUUGGCGCUCGGAGCGGCAGCCAUGGAACUUGUGGAAGCAGGUAUCGUAGCCAUGGAGGCCAGAAGCAGGGGCGAAAGAGCAGGCAAAGUCAGACUGCGGGUGGGCGAGGAGGAAGUCAAAAGUGCUUUAAUGGGGGAUGCAGACGCCAAAGGAAUGGGAUUCAAUGCUUGA